UUUCUCCCCCUGCCCCGUAACCCUCAUCCCUCUCUCGCUGUGCUACCACUCCUCUCUAUUUCUCUCACCUCCUCUCCUUGUCUCUCGCUUUCUCUCUGCUACCCCCUGUUCCCCUCUCUCUCUCUGUAACCCUCCUGUCUUCUUUCCCUAUCUCUGCUUCAACCCCCGGACCCUAGCCACCUCCCCUUCUCAUAUAUCUCACUCACACACACCUCAUACUCACUCACAGGACUACCAUUCCCGAAACGGUCACCAUGGCCGACAAGAAGGGCGCUGCAGCCAACAGCAAACUGAUGGUGAGGAAGAUAGAGAGGACGACAAAGACAGCAGUGGAGGUCAAGAAAGAGAUGAAGACCGAGAUGAAGAGGGAGGUGAAGUCAAGUUUAGUGAAGAAAGAGGAAAAGGUCCUGGUGGUUGGGGAGAAGGUGGAGGGGAACGGAGAGGUCCCAAUGGAGGAGGGAGCCACAGCUAAUAAAGAAGCGGCUAACGGGGUGGCGGAGGCUAAAGCUAACGGAGCGAAUGGAGAGUACGAACCCAUUGAGUUGCCUCCUUGGGAGAUCAUCAAAGGGGACCGCAUCGACCCGUUCCAAUUCAAGUUCCAGUUCAAGAAUGUGGAGUACUCGUCAGGUCGUAACAAGACGUUCCUGUGUUACCUGGUGGACAAGGGGAAGGCUGAUGACGGUCUGAUGAGAGGUUACCUGGUGGACAAGGGGAAGGCUGAUGACGGUCUGAUGAGAGGUUACCUGGUGGACAAGGGGAAGGCUGAUGACGGUCUGAUGAGAGGUUACCUGGAGGAUGAACACUCAGGAGCCCACGCUGAGCAGGCCUUCUUCCUCCAGACUCUCCCAGACUACGACCCUGCUGUUAAAUACACUGUCACCUGGUACAUGUCAUCCAGCCCCUGUGCGGCCUGCACGGCUAAGAUCGCAGAGGCCCUCCGGGCCAGGAAGACCGUCAAGAUGACCCUCUUUUCAGCCCGGCUGUUUGAGUGGGAGGAGCAAGAGAUCCAAGCGGGGCUGAAUGCUCUGUCUCAAGCGGGGUGCAAGCUGAGGAUGAUGAAGCCCAUGGACUUCACCUACGUCUGGGAUACUUUUGUGGAGAACGACGACCUAACGUUCACCCCCUGGGAGGACUGCCAGGACAACUAUGAGUACUACCACGAGAAACUGGCCGACAUCAUGCAGUGAUCACAAAUUCACCUGCCACCUCCACUAUCCCAGCAUCCUCAGUGAUGUGAGCAGUUUGUAUGUCAAGCCAUCCUGCACCAAAUGCCUUUAUGAAGCUCCUCCUCCUCCCUCUCCAAAUGGAACUCUCUGUCCUAGUUUCCACUCUCCGUUCUGGAGUUGUCCUCACAGGACACGUCUGCUAGUUCAUCUGUGGAUUAAUUGUCAACGUCAAGAUGAAGGCUCUGCAAUGAUGCACUCGUGGGUUAUAAUUCAACUAUAAAUGAUCUAUUAUUUUAUUACAUUUGAAGUUGUAAUAAUUUGUCCUUCUCCUUCUGUGUCCUCGAAGGAUGUUUCAUACUGUAUCUGCACAAAUCGUUUUUCAUAUCUGCACUAAUGUUGCUUCUUCAACGGCAACAUUCAGGGGGCUAGAAUGAUAUUCUUUGUAUGAAUAUUCAUAUAGAUAUUGUUAAUAAUGAUAACCCAGACUGUUACGUUCUAGAGAAUUAACAGAAAUUUGUGUUAUUGUUAUUAGGAGCAAUUUUACUUUUGUGAGUUUGGAUGAGAUACGUUCAAUAUCUUUGUUUUCCACGUUUUGUUUUAGCAAGAAAACAUUCUUGUUUCUUGAUGGUGUUCAUUUUAAAUCGUGAUUGAAUGAUAAAAAUUGUCAUUUUUUACAGAAAGAAUGAGUAACGAUUGUAAUGGUUCUUGAGCACACUAUUUAACUUAAAGAUUCUAUAGACCUAGCUAUAGAAAUUGAAGCAAAGUAUAUUAUUUAUACACAAAGUGAAAAUAAAGUGUGGAGUUUUAAAGUGUUA